AUGCCGUUAUCAUUUAGACAUGUCAACUUCUUUGGUUAUGGUAUCUACAAUGACCUUAAAACACGACUACCUUACUACAAAUCUGAUUUCAAAGAUGCUUGGAACUAUAGAGUUAUUCCAUCCACCCUAUCAAUAUUCUUUUCCAAUUUACUACCAGCUAUUGCUUUUGCCCAGGAUAUGUUUGACAAGACUGACAAUGCAUAUGGUGUUAAUGAAGUUUUAAUGUCUAGUGCCAUAGCGGGAGUUGUAUUUGGAUUGUUUUCAGGACAACCAUUGUGUAUCGUUGGUGUCACUGGACCAAUUUCGAUAUUCAGUUAUACAGUGUAUGAAUUAAUGACGCCGAGGGGUACACCUUAUUUCCCAUUCAUGUGUUGGGUAUAUCUUUGGUCAAUGGUUUUCCAUAUUUUCAUUGCGGUUGGGAAUUACAUUUCGUUCAUGCGGAUCAUCAGUUUAUAUUCAUGUGAUAUUUUUGGGUUUUUCAUAAACAUGGUUUAUAUUCAAAAAGGAAUACAAAUCUUGUCUAAUCAGUUUAAUGAUGUUGAUUUGGCUAGUGGGUAUGCAUCCAUUAUGGUUGCGUUAUGUAUGUUGAUCUGUGGUGUUGGAUCAGCAAUACUAGGUACUUAUUUACAUUACUUUAAACCUUGGGUAAGGAAAGUGUUUACUGAUUAUGGAGUUGUUGCUUCAGUGAUAUUCUUUACCGGAUUUAUACAUUUUGGUGGUAAAUUGGAUGAUACAACAUUUGCAAGAUUACCAGUGACGAAGUCUUUCCAACCUACAGAAUCAGGUGAUCGUCGUCCUCAUGGAUGGUUUAUACAUUUUUGGCCUGGGGAAAAUAUCGACGUUGGUGAUGUAUUCCUUGCUAUACCAUUUGCUAUAUUGUUAACUUUCUUGUUUUAUUUUGAUCACAAUGUUAGUUCAUUGAUGUGCCAAUCUAAAGAAUAUCCAUUAACUAAACCAGCGGGGUUCCAUUGGGAUUUUUUAUUGUUGGGUAUAACCACUGGUGUGGCUGGAAUUAUUGGUAUUCCACCACCAAACGGACUCAUUCCACAAGCUCCCCUACAUACUGAUUCAUUAGUAGUUUAUGAUAAAUAUGGCAAGAAGUUAUCAGUUGUGGAACAACGACUAACGAAUACAUUACAAGGAGCAAUGACUUUUGUAAUGAUGACACGACCGUUCUUAGUCUUGCUUGGGUUAGUUCCCCAGGCAGUCCUUUCAGGGUUGUUCUUCAUAAUGGCAGUAACUGGAUUACAUGGAAAUAUAGUAACUAAUCGAAUUCGUUACUUCUUUUUGGAUAAAGAGUAUAUUGAAACUGACCCAACUUGUCCUCAAGUAUGGAAGGAUAUCCAUGCAUUGCCUAACAAGAAAUGGUUUUAUGUGUAUACAAUAUUGGAAGUUAUUGGAGGUGUUGGAGAAUUUGUAAUUACAUUAACAAUUGCAGCUGUUGGAUUUCCUGGGGUUUUGCUUGCCCUUGCGUUUUGUGCUAAAUGGGUAUGGCCAUUAUUUAUACCGAGGGAAGAUCUAGAUCGUUUGGAUGGUGAUGUAGCUGAUGAGUUCAUCUUGAAGAAUUUCACAGUGGCAUCAGAGGAGAAAAAGAGAAGGAAGCGGAUAAGAAUGGAGGAUGAAGAGAACAAGUAUGAAGGUGAGACUGAAGUUGGUGAAUCGACUGAAGAUGUGGUAGCAAGCAGUGGAAGCUGA